AUUUCUUUCAAUGUUUUUACCGUUCCGGUGACCAUUGCUCAUCAUGUGUAUGCAUGGAUGAUUUCCGACGCACUGAUCCAUUUCAAAUAAGCCAGUUCGGCAUUGCAACAUAUAAUUGACUUAUGCUGUUGCUGUAUACUUUUUAGCAUAUGUACCGGUUUUGCGGAAUCCAAAGUUUUCGCGUGGUGCGUUGACUGUCAGAUGUGUGCUGGUGUAUUGUGCAGCAGCAUUGGAUGAUAAGCGAAUUUUAUAUGUAUAUUUCACAAAGCAGUCUCCGCAUUGUUUGCUCUUGAUUUGUUCGAUGGAAAUCUCGAGCGGCGGCUGUUGAGUAGCCGACAUAAAUGGCUGUAGUUGCAUAAGGUCGCUAACAAGGUUACCGGUCAUUCUGCACAAUCAAUGCUAUCACCUAUCCAACCGUUUACCUUGCCGAUUGGUUGACUGUUCCUACAACACGGCUGCUUUAUUACGCAUGGCCGCAAUAAAUCGCAUCUCGUUGCAGUGGAGCAUGUGUCUGCGUAAAUGGCUCUUUGUUUUAUAGCACGGAAAGCGCGUAAUUAGCGUCUCAUGACCUUCUUGAAGAUACCCACGUUUGCCCACCCACAAGAUACUUCGUCAACAAGCGGAAACCAUCAAAAACUCCUACUACUAGUGCGUUUUCAAGCGGCUGCAGAUAAUAAUGAUAUGACAAUUAUGCCAGUGUAAGGCAUUCAGCGGCACUUAUCGUUUAUGGAAUUUUAUGGUUUAUCAAUGGAGAAUUAAACGCUAUCACUAAAUUGCGGAAUUAUCAGCUAUUAUCGUUGUCGAACCAUCCGAAGUCCAAUAGAGUGACUCGUCGGUUAUAGCGGUGCGCGUGGAAGUUCUGCCUACCGCGCAUUGCUGAAUAAUCUCCCACGGUUUUCGCAUUUUUGCAUCUCGCCUUGAUCGGCAUAUCAUUCCGUUCACUUGAUUAUUGUGAUCGGAAAUCUGAUCUUCCUGUUGACUUGUUGUUAUUGGAUUGUGCGCCCAGUCUGAAAAUGAUCGACAAAGGCAAGGUCUGGGCGCCGGAUGCGGUGGAUGGUUAUAAGCUGGGCAAAGUAGUUGACAUCGGCACAGAGGAAAUAACUGUCGAGUUAACCGAAAAUGGAAAGUCGGUGGCUGCUCCGUAUGAUAAAGUGUUCCCGGCGGAAAAGGACGACAAAAAAACCGUCGAUGAUAACUGUGCGCUGAUGCAUGUCAACGAAGCCACACUGCUCCACAACGUCCGUCUGCGCUACACGAAAGACUCGAUUUACACCUACGUUGCUAAUAUCCUUAUUGCCGUUAAUCCGUAUUUCGAACUUCCGGCACUUUAUUCCCAGCAAACAAUCAAGAAGUAUCAAGGGCAAUCACUAGGCACUUUGCCGCCGCAUGUGUUUGCCAUUGCGGACAAGGCAUUUCGUGAUAUGCGAGCUCUGAAGCAGAGUCAAAGUAUUAUUGUAUCCGGCGAGUCGGGGGCCGGUAAAACCGAAUCGACCAAGUACAUCCUGCGUUAUCUUUGUGAAUCGUGGGGAUCACACGCCGGACCACUCGAGGAACGAAUUCUCGAAGCCAACCCGAUUCUCGAAGCUUUUGGAAACGCAAAAACACUAAGGAACAAUAACAGCAGUCGAUUUGGAAAAUUUGUUGAAAUCCAUUUUAACACGAAGCAACAAGUGGCCGGUGGUUUUAUUUCCCAUUAUUUGCUGGAGAAGUCUCGUAUCUGCAUCCAGAGCGAAGGUGAACGGAAUUAUCACAUAUUUUAUCAAAUGUUGGCCGGUGCACCGGAAACCCUCCGCUCUAAAUUUCGGUUGACCACGCCCGCCGACUUCCAUUAUUUAAACCGCGGUGCGCUGAAAUUCUUUGCCAAUAAGGAAAACCAGAAGAUUCUCUCCACAAAAGGACUGCAGAGCAAUGUGGGCCUGCAAGACAGUAUUCUGGAUGAUGUGCGGGAUUACCAGCGCACCGAUGUGGCCUUGACCCAUUUGGGCCUGAGCGAAGACGACAAACUGAUGGUGUACGCCACUGUGGCCGCGGUGCUGCAUCUGGGCAAUAUUGUCUUCGAAGACAGCGGUGACGCUAAAGACGGUUGUCGCGUCUCGAAGAAUAGCGAGCAGUCGCUGAUGCUGACCAGUGUUUUAAUGGGCGUGGACAAGGAUGCAUUGCGGGAUGCGCUGACCAGUCGUGUCAUGCAGGCGUCCCGAGGAGGAUUUAAGGGCACCGUUAUUAGGGUAAACCUUAAGCACUACGAAGCAGGCAGUGCCAGGGAUGCGUUGGCGAAAGCGGUUUACUCAAAACUCUUCGAUUAUAUUGUUGGAAAAAUCAACGAUUGUAUUCCGUUUGCUUCAUCCCAGUAUUACAUUGGCAUAUUGGAUAUUGCCGGUUUUGAAUAUUUCACGUUCAAUAGCUUCGAACAGUUCUGCAUUAACUACUGCAAUGAAAAGCUGCAGCAAUUUUUCAACGAGCGAAUUCUGAAAUCGGAACAACAACUGUAUGAAAAAGAAGGUCUUGGAGUUGGAAAGAUUACGUAUAUCGACAAUCAGGAUUGUAUUGAUCUCAUCGAAAUGAAAGGUUCGGGAUUACUGGAUCUCUUAGACGAAGAAAGCAAACUGCCAAAACCCAGCAACCAAAACUUUACGGAAACCAUUCACUCCAAGCAUAAAAAUCAUUUCCGCUUAAAUACGCCACGCAAAUCCAAACUGAAGGAGCAUCGCGACUUGCUGGACAACGAAGGAUUUUUGAUUCGUCAUUUUGCAGGAGGCGUGUGCUAUCAAACCGGGCAGUUUAUCGAGAAAAAUAACGAUGCGUUGCACGCUUCCCUGGAAGCGCUCAUACAGGAAAGCGAGAACCUGAAAUACCUUUUUAGUGGGCAAAAUGGCAUCCCAAGUGUUACCAACCAAGGCAAGCUGACCUUUAUCAGUGUUGGAAAUAAAUUCCGCACGCAGCUGAAGCAGUUGAUGGAGAAGCUGAAUUCGACCGGCACAAGCUUUAUCCGCUGCAUUAAACCCAACAUGAGUAUGGUUGACCAUCUCUUCGAAGGAGGCCUGGUUCUCAACCAACUGCAGUGCUCUGGGAUGACCAGUGUCCUGCAGCUGAUGCAGCAAGGUUAUCCAUCCCGUUGCUAUUUUACGGAUUUAUAUUCCAUGUACAAAGAUUUCCUUCCAAAAGGCCUCGCCAAUCUCGAUCCACGAUUGUUUUGCAAGGCGCUUUUCCGAGCACUGGGCUUAAACGAUACGGAUUACAAAUUUGGCGUCUCACGAGUAUUCUUCAAACCUGGAAAAUUUGCUGAGUUUGACCAAAUGCUGCGUGCUGAUCCCGAAAAUCUGGCCAAGUUAGUGGAAAAGGUCAAAGUCUGGUUGCUGCAUGCGCGUUGGAGAAAAGCUCAGUACGGAGCAUGGAGUGUGUUAAAAUUGAGGAACAAAAUUCUCUAUCGCCGAGCUGCCUUAAUUAAAAUCCAAAGCACUGUGCGAAUGUACCUGGCUAAGAAAAAAUACCGCCCACGCAUUCUGGGAUUGAAACGAUUGCAAAUAUUGCACGAUCAACUGGAUCGAAUGAGGGAACUUGCGCAAGAGCUUCGAGCCGACCGGGAGAAAGCUUUGUCCCAAGUCAUUGCCGUUAAGCAGUCAAUGGAAAAAUUAACAUCAGACAUAAAGUUCCUUCAAAUAAAGAAUCAGGACAUUGAUCCAGCGGUGAAACGCCUGUUAGAGAACGCGCAGCGUGUUUUGGGUGAUCUCCAGAAACAAGUACAGGCCCAGAAAACAAAAGAAGAACAAGAACGAUUGCGUAAGAUACAAGAGGAAAUGGAGCGCGCCAAACGCGAACGGGAAGAGGAAGAGAAGCGCAAAAAGCAGGAGGAAGAAGAGCGCCAAAUGCGUAUUCAGAUGGAAGAACGGCGGAAGGUCGAAGAAGAACGGGCACGGCUCAUGGAGCAAGAUAACAAGAAAUUAGCGGCUAAACUGGCAGCAGAGCGAACGAAGCAACUGGAAGAGUCGCAAGCCCGUGAGCUGUUGGCGGAACAGGAAGAGCGUGACCAUGCUUUGGCAUUGCGACUGGCACAGGAUAACGGAGGUCAAGUGGAUGAACUAUCACCUUUGCAAAGGUCGAGUUCGUAUAUGAAGCAAAGGCAACAGCAGGCGGGGAAGAGGCAUGACCUGUCCAAAUGGAAAUACGCCGACCUGCGCGACGUGAUUAAUACUUCCUGCGAUCUCGAGUUGCUCGAAGCAUGUCGUGAAGAAUUUCACCGACGACUCAAAGUGUAUCACGCUUGGAAGGCCAAGAAUCGCAAAGGAAACGACGAUGCUAACCGCCCACGUGCUCCAAAUUCUGUGAUGGAAAAUGCGAAAGAUUCGCCUCUUUUAACCAGCGGAAAGGUUACAUCAUCAGAGCAGCGAUUCUUCCGUAUCCCCUUUGUGAAGCCCACGAGUAACGGGGUCAAUGAAAAGAAGCGUGGAUGGUGGUACGCCCACUUUGAUGGUCAGUGGAUUGCAAGACAAAUGGAAAUUUAUCCAGACAAGCAACCGGUCCUCUUGGUUGCCGGCAAAGACGACAUGAACAUGUGCGAACUCAGUCUGGAGGACACCGGUCUGCCGCAAAAGCGUGGAGCCGAAAUUCUCCAGUCCGACUUCGAGAGCGAGUGGGCCAAACACGGCGGAAGCGCGCAAGCGUACGUCCGGCCUCAGUCACGGCAAUCCAGGCGCUAAAACUCUUGAUAACGAUCACGCGUGUUUUGCUUCUUAAUUUAUCCAUUUUUUACAAAAGAUGUUGCAACAACUGCUGGCUACACGCCAGCUGUAUACCGAUUCCAACUUGAACUGAUCUUGGCAGUUG